AAAUUCAAUCGUUAUUCUACUUAGUCAGGAUUUCUGAAACUUUCGUAUGUACCUUCCUUAAUUACGCUAUCAAUACAGGGCAGGGUCUUAUCAGUGUUGAGGUCAUCUGAUUCUGGAACUGUCACGCGAUAUCCUUGGAUAUUCAUACAUCUGCUUUUACUGUCUUCUGCUAGAUUACGCGCAACAUGACGAUGGUAUUGAUAGUUCUUGUGGCCCUUGUGUUUGGAGCUGAAGCCAAGCACCUUGUGUACCGUGACUGUAACAGCAGUCCCAACAAAAUCAUCCAUGUUGACUCUGCUCACGUCAGUCCUUUUCCGGUCAUCGUCCCUGGGGACAUAACCAGUGACAUCAUCAUCCAGGCCCCCCGACUGGUAGACGCCGGACCUCACUACAAACUAGACGUACAUAUACAGAAACAUGCUCUCUUCUGGAUCACCGUGCCUUGUAUCUCAAACGUCGGCAGCUGUUCCUAUGACCUUUGCACACUCCUUGGAAACUUUAAUCAAACGGGAUGUCCUUCACAACUGAGGGCUCAGAAUUUACCAUGCCAGUGCCCAUUCCAACCCGGAACUUACACCCUUAAUCCAACUGUAUUCAAGAUCCCAGAUAUGACUGGAUUGUGGUCUUGGCUAGCGUCGGGUGACUAUAAAGUGGACGCUAAGAUUACAGACAAACGCACGGGAGAGGAGGUGGGUUGUUACCACGUGGAGGUGACAGCCACCCAGCCCCCGUGUAGCGGUUUCCUUUGCAGUAUCUUUGGUUAGAGUUCAUGAAAAUAAAUAUAUUCGUCUUA